CGGCGGAGGCGGCGGACUGGGCUCGGCGCUGCCCCCGGGGCAUGGACCCGGCUCGCGCUCUGCGCCCCACGCCGCGCGCUCCACGAGGAAGCCGCGUCCGGACGGAAGCUGCCGCAUCCCCGCCCCGGCCAGCCCAGCUUCUCCAGCGGGUCGGGCUUGGUGUUUGUAACUGAUUCUCCGAAACUUUUUGCUAGUUGAGAGACUGCAAGAGUCUGAUGAGUGACUCUGAGAGGAAAUCCUCUGCCCGUUGAGGAAGAGGAUUCAGCACGGAGCUUAGGCGCUCGAGGAGAAAACAAAAAGAAAAAAAAAUGAUUUCCUGGGAAGUUGCCCACACAGUAUUUUUGUUUGCUCUUCUUUAUUCUUCCCUAGCUCAAGAUGCCAGCCCCCGGUCGGAGGUCAGGGCUGAGGAAAUUCCCAAUGGGGCUUCCACCUUGGCUUUUGUCUUUGAUGUGACUGGCUCCAUGUAUGACGAUUUGGUUCAGGUUAUCGAAGGGGCUUCCAAAAUUUUGGAGACGUCUUUGAAAAGACCUAAGAGACCUCUUUUCAACUUUGCUUUGGUGCCUUUCCAUGAUCCAGAAAUUGGCCCAGUGACAAUUACCACAGAUCCCAAGAAAUUUCAAUAUGAACUCAGAGAACUAUAUGUUCAGGGUGGUGGUGAUUGUCCAGAAAUGAGUAUUGGAGCAAUAAAAAUUGCCUUGGAAAUUUCUCUUCCUGGUUCUUUCAUCUAUGUCUUCACUGAUGCACGGUCUAAGGAUUACCGGCUUGCCCAGGAGGUACUGCAGCUUAUCCAACAGAAGCAGUCUCAAGUGGUGUUUGUACUCACUGGAGACUGUGAUGACAGGAACCACAUUGGAUAUAAAGUCUAUGAAGAAAUUGCCGCCACAAGUUCUGGUCAAGUGUUUCAUCUGGACAAAAAACAAGUGAAUGAGGUGUUAAAGUGGGUAGAAGAAGCAGUGCAGGCCUCCAAAGUUCACCUGUUAUCGACAGAUCAUUUGGAACAGGCUGUGACUAUUUGGAAAAUUCCUUUUGACCCCAGCCUCAAAGAGGUCACUGUGUCUCUGAGUGGCCCUUCUCCAGUGAUUGAGAUUCGCAAUCCUUUAGGGAAGCUGAUAAAAAAGGGAUUUGGCCUGAAUGAACUAUUAAAUAUACAUAACUCUGCCAAAGUGGUGAAUGUAAAAGAGCCAGAGGCUGGAAUGUGGACAGUGAAGACCUCUAGCAGUGGGAGGCACUCUGUUCGCAUCACUGGUCUCAGUACUAUUGAUUUCCGCGCUGGUUUUUCCCGAAAACCUACUCUGGACUUCAAGAAAACAGUCAACAGACCCGUGCAAGGAAUACCAACCUAUGUACUUUUGAAUACUUCUGGGAUUUCCAGUCCAGGCAGAGUAGAUCGUCUCGAGCUUCUAAGUAUCUCAGGAAGUUCUCUGAAGACUAUUUCUGUUAAAUAUUACCCAGAUCGAAAACCUUAUGGCAUAUGGAAUAUUUCUGACUUUAUACCUCCAAAUGAAGCUUUCUUUCUCAAAGUAACAGGCUAUGAUAAGGAUGAUUAUCUUUUCCAGAGAGUGUCAAGUGUUUCUUUUUCUAGUAUUAUCCCAGAUGCUCCCAGAGUUACAAUGCCCACGAAAACCCCAGGAUACUACCUGCAGCCAGGCCAGAUUUCCUGCUCUGUUGAGAGUCUUUUGCCCUUUACUUUGAGCUUUGUCAGAAAUGGAGUUACACUUGGAGUAGACCAGUAUUUAAAAGAAUCUGCUAGUGUGAACUGGGAUAUGGAAAAGGUCACCUUGUCUGAUGAAGGCUCCUAUGAAUGCAUUGCUGUCAGCAGUGCAGGGACUGGACGGGCACAGACAUUUUUUGAUGUGUCAGAGCCCCCUCCAGUCAUCCAAGUGCCUAAUAAUGUUACAGUCACUCCUGGAGAGAGAGCCAUUUUGACAUGUCUUGUCACCAGUGCUGUGGAUUACAAUCUAACCUGGCAGAGGAAUGGCAGAGAUGUGAGACUGGCAGAGCCAGCAAGAAUUAGUACAUUGGCCAACCUCUCACUGGAACUAAGGAGUGUGAAAGUCAGCGAUGCUGGAGAGUACCAUUGUAUGGUUUCCAGUGAAGGCGGAUCAGCUGCACUUUCAGUUUUCCUCACAGUGCAAGAGCCACCCAAAGUCACUGUGAUGCCCAAGAAUCAGUCUUUCACAGGAGGGUCUGAUGUCUCCAUCAUGUGUUCUGCAACAGGUUAUCCCAAACCAAAGAUUGCCUGGACUGUUAAUGAUAUGUUUAUCAUGGGUUCACACAGGUAUAGGAUGACCUCAGAAGGUACCUUGUUUAUUAAAAAUGCAGUUCCCAAAGAUGCAGGGAUGUAUGGCUGCUUGGCAAGUAAUUCAGCUGGAACAGAUAAACAGACUUCUACCCUCAGAUACAUUGAAGCCCCAAAGUUGAUUGUAGUUCAGAGUGAGCUGUUGGUUGCCCUUGGGGAUACAACAGUUAUGGAAUGCAAAACCUCUGGUGUUCCUCCACCUCAAGUUAAAUGGUUCAAAGGAGAUCUUGAGUUGAGGCCCUCAACAUUCCUCAUCAUUAACCCUCUCUUGGGACUUUUGAAGAUUCAAGAAACUCAAGAUCUGGAUGCUGGUGAUUAUACAUGUGUGGCUAUCAAUGAUGCUGGUAGAGCAACUGGCAAGAUAACCCUGGAUGUUGGCUCUCCUCCAGUUUUCAUACAGGAACCUGUCGAUGUCUCUAUGGAAAUUGGCUCAAAUGUGACAUUACCUUGUUACGUCCAGGGUUAUCCAGAGCCAAAGAUCAAAUGGCGAAAAUCAGACAACAUGCCGAUUUUCUCAAGACCUUUUUCAGUUAGUUCCAUCAGCCAACUAAGAACAGGAGCUCUCUUUAUUUUAAACUUAUGGGCAAGCGAUAAAGGAACCUAUAUUUGUGAAGCUGAAAACCAGUUUGGGAAGAUCCAGUCACUGGCAACAGUAACAGUGACAGGACUUGUUGCUCCUCUUAUUGGAAUCAGCCCUUCUGUAGCCAAUGUUAUUGAAGGACAGCAGCUUACUUUGCCUUGUACUCUUCUGGCUGGAAAUCCAAUUCCAGAACGUCAGUGGACUAAAAAUUCAGCCAUGUUGGUGCAAAAUCCUUACAUAACUGUGCGCAGAGAUGGGAGCCUCCAUAUUGAAAGAGUUCAGCUUCAGGAUGGAGGCGAAUAUACUUGUGUGGCCAAUAAUGUUGCUGGAACCAGUAACAAAAGUACCUCUGUAGUUGUACAUGUUCUGCCAACCAUUCAGCAUGGGCAGCAGAUACUCAGCACAAUUGAAGGCAUUCCAAUAACAUUACCAUGCAAAGCCAGUGGAAUUCCCAAACCAUCUAUUGUCUGGACCAAGAAAGGCGAGCUGAUUCCAACUAGCAGUGCUAAGUUUUCAGCAGGGGUUGAUGGCAGUCUGUAUGUGGUGUCACCUGGAGGCGAGGAGAGCGGGGAAUACGUGUGCACAGCCACCAAUGCUGCAGGCUACGCCAAAAGGAAAGUGCAGCUGACAGUCUAUGUAAGGCCCAGAGUGUUUGGAGAGCACCAAGGACUGUCCCAAGAUAAGCCCGUUGAGAUCUCUGCGCUGGCAGGGGAAGAGGUGACCCUUCCGUGUGAAGUGAAGAGCUUACCCCCACCCGUAAUUACCUGGGCCAAAGAAACCCAGCUCAUCUCGCCGUUUUCUCCAAGACACAUGUUCCUCCCUUCUGGUUCAAUGAAAAUCACUGAGACCCGCAUUUCAGAUAGCGGGAUGUAUCUUUGUGUUGCCACAAAUAUUGCUGGAAAUGUGACUCAGUCUGUUAAAUUAAGUGUCUAUGUUCCUCCAAAGAUACAACAUGGCCCUAAACAUAUGAAAGUCCAAGUCAGUCUCCGAGUGGAUAUUCCAUGUAAUGCUCAAGGGUCGCCUCGUCCUGUGAUCACCUGGUCUAAAGGGGGCCAGACCAUAUUGGCUGAUGGAGUGCAGCACAUUAGCGAUCCAGAUGGAACUUUAAGUAUCAACAAAGCCAUGCUCUCAGAUGCUGGCAUAUAUACAUGUGUUGCGACUAACAUAGCAGGCAGUGAUGAAGCCGAGAUAACGCUCCAUGUCCAAGAACCACCUACAAUGGAAGAUCUUGAACCACCUUUUAACACUCCAUUUCAACAACGACUGGCCAAUCAACGCAUUGCAUUUCCAUGUCCUGCUAAAGGUACUCCUAAACCAAUCAUCAAAUGGUUACGCAAUGGUGGAGAGUUAACAGGCAGAGAGCCUGGGAUUUCCAUCUUGGAGGAUGGCACAUUGUUGGUUAUAGCUUCUGUCACACCAUAUGACAAUGGGGAGUACAUCUGUGUGGCAGUCAACGAGGCUGGGACCACAGAAAGAAAAUACAACCUCAAAGUCCAUGUUCCUCCAGUAAUUAAAGAUCAAGAACACUUAAUGAAUGUGUCAGUGUUGGUAACCCAGCUCACCAGUCUCUUUUGUGAAGUGGAAGGUACUCCAUCACCCAUCAUUCUGUGGUAUAAAGACGAUGUGCAGGUGACUGAAAGCAGCACUAUUCAGAUCCUGAACAAUGGGAAAAUUCUAAAGCUUUUCAAAGUCACGGCAGAGGAUGCUGGAAGAUAUUCCUGCAAAGCAAUUAAUAUUGCUGGCACUGCUCAGAAGCACUUUGGUAUUGAUGUUCUAGUUCCACCCAGCAUAAUAGAUGCGAGCUCCCCAAAUGAAGUCUCUGCCAUCAUCAACCACAGCACCAGCCUCGAAUGCCGAGUUAAAGGCACUCCCUUUCCCGCUAUUCACUGGUUCAAAGAUGGCAAGCCUUUAUUUUUGGGAGAUCCUAAUAUUGAACUUUCAGACAGAAGACAAAUUUUAUACCUGAAGAAUGCACGAAGAAGUGACAAGGGGCGAUACCAGUGUGCUGUGUCUAAUGCAGCUGGUAAACAAACCAAGGAUAUAAAACUGACUAUCUAUAUUCCACCUAGUAUUAAAGGAGGCAAUGCUACCACGGAAGUAUCAGUGCUGAUCAACAGCUUAAUUAAAUUGGAAUGUGAAGCCCGGGGACUUCCAGUGCCUGCUAUUACUUGGUAUAAGGAUGGCCAGCUAGUCCUAUCCAGCUCACAAGCACCUUAUAUUGAUAAAGGACAAUUUCUUCAUAUUCCUAGAGCACAAGUCUCUGAUUCAGCAACCUACAUGUGUCAUGUAACAAAUGUUGCUGGAACUAUUGAAAAAUCAUUCCAUGUUGACGUCUAUGUUCCUCCAGUGAUUGAAGGUGAGUCGGCAACACCUUUGAAGAAGCAAGUUGUUGUUGCUCACUUUCUGACUCUGGAGUGUAAAGCUGCUGGAAGCCCCCCUCCAGCUCUUACCUGGUUGAAAGAUGGUACACCCGUGAAAACCAGUGACCGCGUCCGCAUAGAAGCUGGUGGGAAGAAGCUAGAAAUCAUGAGGGCCCUGGAAGUUGAUUGGGGACAGUAUGUAUGUGUGGCAACAAGUGUGGCAGGAGAGAAGGAAAUCAAAUAUGAAGUUGAUGUCCUAGUGCCACCCUUUGUAGAAGGAGGAGAUGAAACAUCUUAUUUCAUUGUGAUGAUUAAUAACUUAUUGGAGCUAGAUUGUCAAGUGACAGGCUCUCCCCCACCAGCUAUCAUGUGGCUGAAGGAUGGUCAGCUAAUUGACGAAAGAGACAGAUUCAAGGUUUUACUAAAUGGACGGAAACUGGUUAUUGCUCAGGCUCAAAUGUCAGACACAGGCCUUUAUCAAUGUGUGGCAACAAAUGCUGCUGGAGACCACAGGAAGGAAUUUGAAGUGACUGUUCACGUUCCUCCAACAAUCAAGGCAUUGGGCCUUUCUGAGAGAGCUGUGGUGAAAUACACGUCUGUCACCUUACAGUGUAUAGCCAAUGGCAUUCCAAAUCCAUCCAUUACAUGGUUGAAAGAUGACCAACCUGUGAACACUGCACAAGGGAACCUCAAAAUACAGUCUUCUGGUCGAGUUCUACAAAUUGCCAAGGCCCUGUUAGAAGACGCUGGCAGAUACACAUGUGUGGCUACCAAUGCAGCUGGAGAAACACAACAUCACACUCAAUUGCAUGUGCAUGAACCACCCAGCCUGGAAGCUGCAGGGAGGAUGCUGAACGAGACAGUGGUCAUGAACAACCCCAUUCAGCUGGAGUGUAAGGCAGCAGGAAAUCCUUUGCCUGUUAUUUCAUGGUACAAAGAUAGCCAUCCACUGUCAAGUUCCACUAGCGUAACUUUCUUGAACAGAGGACAGAUCAUUGAUAUUAAAAGUGCCCAGAUCUCAGAUGCUGGCAUCUAUAAAUGUGUGGCCAUCAAUUCUGCUGGUGCCACGGAUUUAUUUUACAGUCUACAGGUUCAUGUGCCCCCAUCGAUUUCUGGCAGCAAUAACAUGGUAACAGUAGUGGUUAAUAAUCCAGUGAGGUUAGAAUGUGAAGCCAGAGGUAUCCCUGCCCCAAGUCUGACUUGGUUGAAAGACGGGAGUCCUGUCUCUAGUUUCGCUAAUGGAAUCCAGGUUCUCUCUGGGGGUCGAAUCUUAGCACUGACCAGUGCACAAAUAAUUGACAGUGGGAGAUACACCUGCGUGGCAGUGAAUGCUGCUGGGGAGAAACAAAGGGACAUUGACCUCAGAGUGUACGUUCCACCAAAUAUUUUGGGAGAAGAACAGAACAUCUCUGUGCUCCUUAGCCAACCUGUGGACUUACUAUGUCAAAGUGAUGCUGUUCCCCCACCUACCCUGACCUGGUUAAAAGAUGGCCACCCUUUGCUGAAGAAACCAGGUCUCAGUGUCUCUGAAAACGGAAGUAUGUUAAAGAUUGAAGACACUCAGGUUCAAGACACAGGUCGUUAUACUUGUGAAGCAACAAAUAUCGCUGGAAAAACUGAGAAAAAUUAUAAUGUAAACAUUUGGGUACCACCAAGUAUUUACGGUUCUGAUGAACUUGUUCAACUUACAGUCAUUGAGGGAAAUCUAAUUUCUCUCUUGUGUGAAUCAAGUGGUAUUCCACUCCCAAACCUCAUUUGGAAAAAGAAAGGCUCUCCAGUACUAGGUGACUCUGUGGGGCGGGUCAGAAUGUUAUCAGGAGGCAGGCAGCUACAGAUCUCAAUUGCUAAGAAGUCUGAUGCAGGACUGUAUACAUGUGUGGCAUCAAAUGUUGCUGGAACUACGAAGAAAGACUAUAGUCUGCAAGUUUACAUUCGACCAAUAAUAACCAACAGUGGCAGCCACCCUACUGAAAUUAUUGCCACUCGAGGGAAGACUGUUUCCUUAGAGUGUGAGGUGCAGGGUGUGCCUAAGCCAACAGUGACCUGGAUGAAAGAUGGCCACCCCUUAACCAAAGGAAGAGGAGUAGAAAUAGUGGAUGAUGGUCACAUCCUUCAGCUGAAGAACAUUCAUGUGUCUGACACAGGUCGUUAUGUGUGUGUUGCUAUGAAUGCAGCAGGAAUGAGUGACAAAAAGUAUGACCUAAGUGUACAUGUUCCUCCAAGCAUCACAGGAAACCAUGCGACACCGGAAAAUAUCAGUGUUGUGGAAAAGAGCUCUGUGUCCCUGACUUGUGAAACUUCAGGAAUCCCUCUGCCUUCAAUAACCUGGCUUAGGGAUGGGUGGCCUGUCAGCCUUAGCAGUACUGUGAGGAUUCUUGCAGGAGGCAGGACACUACGGCUAAUACAGGCCAGAAUAGAAGACGCUGGUCAGUAUACUUGCAUUGUAAAGAAUACAGCUGGUGAAGAAAGAAAGCUCUUUGGACUUUCAGUAUUAGAACCGCCUCGUAUUGUGGGUGAAAAUAGCCUGGAAGAUGUGAAAGUAAAAGAGAAGCAGAGUGUCACACUGACUUGUGAAGUGACAGGGAAUCCCAUGCCAGAAAUCACAUGGCACAAAGAUGGACAGCUCCUCCGAGAAGAUGAAACCCAUCACAUUACGUCUGGUGGCCGUUUUCUUCACAUUACCAAUGCCCAAGUGUUGCACACUGGAAGAUAUAUGUGUUUGGCUUCUAAUACAGCUGGCGAGAAAAGCAAAAGUUUCAGUCUUAAUGUGUUUGUGUCUCCUACAAUUGUUGGUGUAGAAAGUGAUGGCAGCCCUGAAGAUGUCAUUGUUACCCUUAACAGCCCGACCUCUCUGGUCUGUGAAGCUUAUUCAUACCCUCCAGCCACUAUCACCUGGUUUAAGGAUGGAGCUCCAUUAGAAUCCACCCAAAAUAUUCGCAUUCUUCCUGGAGGUAGAACUCUGCAGAUCCUCAAUGCCCAGGAGAACAAUGCUGGAAGAUACUCGUGUGUGGCCACUAAUGAGGCUGGAGAAAUGAUAAAGCAUUAUAAAGUGAAAGUCUACAUUCCACCCAUAAUCAAUAAAGGGGACAUUUUGGGACCAGGUCUUUCCCCCAAGGAAGUGAAGAUAAAAGUAAACAACACCCUGACUUUGGAGUGUGAAGCAUAUGCGAUUCCUUCUGCCUCCCUCAGCUGGUACAAGGAUGGACAGCCCCUUAAAUCAGAUGAUCAUGUUACUAUUGCUGCAAAUGGACACACACUUCAAAUAAAGGAAGCUCAAAUAUCAGACACCGGACGAUAUACUUGUGUUGCAUCUAAUCUUGCAGGUGAAGAUGAGUUGGAUUUUGAUGUGAAUAUACAAGUUCCUCCAAGUUUUCAGAAACUCUGGGAAAUAGGAAACAUGCUAGAUACUGGCAGAAGUGGUGAAGCCAAAGAUGUGAUCAUCAACAAUCCCAUUUCUCUUUACUGUGAGACAAAUGCUGCGCCUCCUCCUACACUGACAUGGUAUAAAGAUGGCCAUCCUCUGACCUCCAGUGACAAAGUCAUGAUUUUACCAGGAGGGCGAGUGUUGCAGAUUCCCCGGGCUAAAGUAGAAGAUGCUGGGAGAUAUACAUGUGUGGCUGUGAAUGAGGCUGGAGAAGAUUCCCUUCAGUAUGAUGUCCGUGUACUCUUGCCACCAGUUAUCAAGGGAGCACCUGGUGACCUCCCUGAAGAGGUCACUGUGCUGGUGAACAGGAGUUCACUGAUGGAGUGUUCAUCCAGUGGCAGCCCAGCACCAAGGAAUUCCUGGCAAAAAGACGGAAAGCCUUUGCUGGAAGAUGACCAUCAUAAAUUUCUGUCUAAUGGAAGAAUGUUACAGAUUUUAAAUGCUCAAAUAACUGACAUCGGCAGGUAUGUGUGUGUUGCUGAGAACACAGCUGGAAGUGCCAAGAAAUUUUUUAAUCUCAAUGUUCAUGUUCCUCCAAGUGUAAUUGGUCCUAACCCUGAAAAUCUCACUGUUGUCGUGAACAAUUUCAUCUCUUUGAACUGUGAGGUCUCUGGUUUUCCACCUCCUGAUCUCAGCUGGCUCAAGAAUGAACAGCCUAUCAAGCCAAACACAAAUGCUCUCAUUGUCCCUGGUGGUCGAACUCUACAGAUUAUUCGAGCCAAGGUAUCUGAUGGUGGUGAAUACACUUGUAUAGCUAUCAACCAAGCUGGUGAAAAGAGGAAAAAGGUUUCCUUGACUGUUUAUGUGCCCCCAAGCAUUAAGGAUCAUGACAGUGAGUCUCUUUCUGUAGUUAAUGUAAGAGAGGGAACUUCGGUGUCAUUGGAAUGUGAAUCAAAUGCUGUCCCACCUCCAGUUGUCACCUGGUAUAAGAAUGGGCGGAUAAUAACAGAGUCUACUCACAUGGAGAUUUUAGCUGAUGAACAAAUGCUGCACAUCAAGAAAGCUGAGGUAUCUGACACAGGCCAGUAUGUAUGUAGAGCUAUAAAUGUAGCAGGACGAGAUGAUAAAAAUUUCCACCUCAAUGUAUAUGUGCUACCCAGUAUUGAAGGGCCUGAAAGAGAAGUGGUCGUGGAGACAAUAAGUAAUCCAGUGACCCUGACCUGUGAUGCCACUGGGAUCCCACCUCCCAUGAUAACAUGGUUAAAGAACCACAAGCCUCUAGAAAACUCUGACUCACUCGAGGUCCACAUUUUGUCUGGGGGUAGCAAACUCCAAAUUGCCCGAUCUCAGCAUUCAGAUAGUGGAAACUAUACAUGCAUCGCAUCAAAUAUAGAGGGGAAAGCACAGAAAAACUUUAUUCUUUUGAUACAAGUUCCUCCAAGUGUUGCUGGUGCUGAGAUUCCAAGUGAUGUCAGUGUCCUUCUGGGAGAAGAUGUUGAGCUGGUCUGUGAUGCACAUGGCAUUCCUGCCCCAGUUAUUCAGUGGCUUAGAGAUGGAAAGUCUAUAGCUAAUGAGGAAACAGAAAAAAUCCAAGUGACUGCAAAUGGCAACACAUUAAACAUUUAUGGAGCUCAUACAUCCGACAUGGGGAAAUACACAUGUGUGGCUACUAACCCUGCUGGAGAAGAUGACCGAAUAUUUAACUUGAAUGUCUAUGUUCCACCUAAAAUUAGAGGUAAUAAAGAAGAGGCAGAGAAACUAAUAGCUUUGGUCGACACUUCAAUAAAUAUUGAAUGCAGAGCUACAGGGACACCUCCUCCACAGAUAAACUGGUUGAAGAACGGGCUUCCUCUGCCCCUUUCCUCCCAUAUUCGGUUGCUGUCAGCAGGACAGGCCAUCAGGAUUGUGAGAGCUCAGGUCUCUGACGUCGCUAUGUAUACUUGUGUGGCCUCCAACAGAGCUGGGGUGGAUACUAAGCAUUACAGCCUUCAAGUGUUCGUACCACCACAUAUGGAUAAUGCAAUGGGAACAGAAGAAAUCACAAUUUUAAAAGGCAGCUCCACCUCUAUGACCUGCAUCACAGAUGGGAACCCCACUCCCAGCAUGUCCUGGCUUAGAGAUGGCCAACCUCUGGAGCUUGAUGCUCAUCUGGUGAUCAGUACUCAAGGAAUGGUCCUGCAGCUCAUCAAAGCAGAGACUGAAGAUUCAGGAAGGUACACCUGCAUGGCCUCCAGUGAUGCUGGGGAAGUCAGCAAGCACUUUAUCCUGAAGGUCCUGGAACCACCUCACAUCAAUGGAUCUGAAGAAACUGGAGAGAUAUCAGUAAUUGUUAAUAACCCACUUGAACUCACCUGCAUUGCUUCUGGAAUUCCUGCCCCUAAAAUUACCUGGAUGAAAGAUGGCAGACCCCUUCUUCAGACAGACCAGAUGCAAAGUCUUAGAGGAAAUUCUAUUCUUCAAAUAUCUAGUGCACAGGUAGAAGAUACAGGAAGAUACACAUGUCUGGCAUCCAGUCCUGCUGGAGAUGAUGAUAAGGAAUAUUUAGUGAGAGUUCAUGUGCCCCCUAAUAUUGCUGGGACUGAUGAGCCCCAGGAUGUCACUGUGUUACAGAACAGACAGGUGACAUUGGAAUGCAAAUCAGAUGCAGUACCCCCACCUGUGAUUAUGUGGCUCAGAAAUGGAGAUCGGUUACAGGCAACGCCUCGAGUGCGAAUCCUAUCUGCAGGAAGAUAUUUACAAAUCAACAAUGCAGAUCUAGGUGACAGGGCAAAUUAUACCUGUGUUGCCAGCAAUGUUGCAGGAAAGACAACGAGAGAAUUUGUCCUCACUGUAAAUGUUCCUCCAAAUAUAAAGGGUGGUCCUCAGAGCCUUGUCAUUCUCAUGAAUAAGUCGAUCAUACUGGAAUGCCUUGCUGAAGGUGUGCCAACCCCAAGGAUAACUUGGAGAAAGGAUGGAGCUGUUCUAGCUGGGAAUCAUGCAAGACACAUCAUCUUGGAGAACGGAUUCCUUCAUAUUCGAUCAGUACGUGUUGCUGACAGUGGGCGGUAUUUGUGCAUGGCUACCAGUGCUGCUGGGACCGACCGUAGGCGGAUAGACGUGCAGGUCCAUGUACCUCCAUCUAUUGUUCCGGGUCCUACCAACAUAACUGUAACAGUAAAUGUUCAGACUACUCUGGCUUGUGAGGCUUCUGGAGUACCAAAACCAUCAAUCAGUUGGAGAAAAAAUGGGCAUCUUCUUAAUGUAGACCAAAACCAGAAUUCAUACCGGCUCCUUUCUUCAGGUUCACUGGUAAUUAUUUCCCCUUCUGUGGAUGACACUGCAACCUAUGAGUGCAGUGUAACAAACGCGGCUGGAAAAGAUAAGAGGACCAUGGAUCUCACUGUCCAAGUUCCACCCACCAUAGCUGAUGAGCCUACAGACUUUCUAGUAACCAAACAAGCCCCAUCAGUAAUUACUUGCACGGCUUCAGGAGUUCCAUUUCCCUCAAUUCACUGGACCAAAAAUGGCAUAAGAUUACUUCCAAGAGGAGAUGGGUACCGAAUUUUGUCCUCUGGAGCAAUUGAAAUAUCUGCCACCCAAUUAAACCAUGCAGGAAGAUAUACUUGUGUUGCUAGGAAUGCAGCUGGUUCUGCUCACAGACAUGUGACCCUUUAUGUCCAAGAGCCUCCAGUCAUUCAGCCCCAGCCAAGUGAACUAGAAGUCAUUCUAAACAAUUCUGUUUUAUUACCAUGUGAAGCAACAGGGACACCGAGUCCUUUCAUUUCUUGGCAAAAAGAAGGCAUCAAUGUCAUCACUUCAGGCAAAAGCCAUGCAGCUCUUCCUAGUGGCAGCUUGCAGAUCUCCAGAGCUGUCCGCGAGGAUGCUGGCACUUACAUGUGUGUGGCUCAGAACUCAGCUGGCACCGCCUUGGGCAAAAUCAAGCUAACUAUCCAAGUCCCUCCAGUCAUCAGCACUCAUUCAAAGGAAUACGUCAUUGCUGUGGAUAAGCCAAUUAUGUUACCAUGUGAGACAGAGGGCCUUCCACCCCCGGACAUUACAUGGCAUAAAGAUGGGCAUGUGAUUAUGGAAUCCAUCCGGCAGCACAUCCUCAACUCUGGAGCUCUCCAGAUAGCAUUUGCUCAGCCUGAUGACACCGGCCAGUACACAUGCAUGGCAACUAAUGUGGCAGGAUCCAGCAGCAUAAGCACCAAGCUCAUAGUCCACAUACCACCCAGGAUCCGAAGCACAGAAGCUCGCUAUACGGUCAAUGAGAACUCACAAGCCAUUCUCCCAUGUGUGGCUGAUGGAAUCCCCACACCAGCAAUUAACUGGAAGAAAAACAAUGUUCUACUAACUAACUUGUUAGGAAAAUACACGGCAGACCCACAUGGAGAACUCAUUUUGGAAAAUGUUGUGCUGGAGGAUUCUGGCAUCUAUACCUGUGUUGCUAACAAUGCUGCAGGUGAAGAUACACACACUGUGAGCCUGACUGUAAAUGUUCUCCCCACUUUUACUGAACUUCCUGGAGAUGUGUCAUUAAAUAAAGGAGAACAGUUACAAUUGAGCUGUAAAGCAACUGGCAUUCCUUUGCCCAAACUAACAUGGACUUUCAAUAACAAUAUUAUUCCAGCCCACUUUGACAGUGUCAAUGGACGCAGCGAACUUGUUAUUGAAAAAGUGUCCAAAGAGAAUUCUGGUACUUACGUGUGCACCGCAGAGAACAGUGCUGGUUUUGUGAAGGCAAUUGGAUUUGUUUAUGUGAAAGAACCUCCAGUCUUCAAAGGGGAUUAUCCUUCUAACUGGAUAGAACCACUCGGUGGUAAUGCAGUCUUGAAUUGUGAGGUAAAGGGAGACCCUGCCCCAACCAUCCAGUGGAGCAGAAAGGGGAUGGAUAUUGAAAUUAGCCACAGAAUCAGACAGUUGGGCAACGGUUCCCUGGCCAUCUAUGGCACUGUGAAUGAAGAUGCCGGUGACUAUACUUGUGUAGCUACUAAUGAAGCUGGAGUCGUGGAGCGCAGCAUGAGCCUGACUUUGCAGAGUCCUCCUGUUAUCACUUUUGAGCCAGUGGAAACUGUUGUUGAUGCUGGUGGCAGAGUCAGAUUGGACUGUCAGGCGACUGGAGAGCCUCGGCCGAUGGUUACAUGGUCCCGCCAAGGGCACUCUGUCCCCUGGGAUGACCGAGUGAGCGUGUUGCCCAACAACUCAUUAUAUAUUGCAGCUGCUCAGAAGGAAGACACUUCUGAAUAUGAAUGUGUGGCUCGUAACUUAAUGGGUUCUGUCCUUGUCAGAGUGCCGGUCAUAGUGCGGGUUCAUGGUGGAUUUUCCCCAUGGUCUGCCUGGAGGCCCUGCAGCGUCACCUGUGGGACCGGCAUCCAGAAGAGGAGUCGACUAUGCAAUAACCCCCUUCCAGCCAAUGGUGGGAAGCCAUGCCAAGGCUUGGAUUCAGAAAUGCGAAACUGUCAAAACAAGCUGUGUCCAGUGGAUGGUCACUGGUCAGAAUGGAGUCCUUGGCAAGAAUGCUCAAAGAGCUGUGGACAUGGCAACCGAACCAGGACCAGAACUUGCAGUAAUCCAUCAGCCCAGCACGGUGGGCGGCCAUGUGAAGGGAAUGCUGUGGAAAUAAUCAUGUGCAACAUUAGGCCUUGCCCAGUUCAUGGAGCAUGGAGUCCUUGGCAUCCUUGGGGUAGAUGCAGCAAAAGUUGUGGGGAAGGUACCCAGAUGAGAACAAGGCUUUGCAAUAACCCACCACCAUCAUUUGAUGGAUCCUACUGCAGCGGGGCAGAAACACAAAUGCAAAUGUGCAAUGAGAGACCCUGUCCAGUUGAUGGCAGGUGGGGACCUUGGACCAGCUGGAGUGCCUGUACCAUGUCUUGUGGAGGAGGUACCAGACAGAGAACAAGGGACUGCUCUGACCCUGCCCCUCAGUAUGGGGGAAGAGAAUGUGAAGGAAGUGAUAUCCAGAGUGAUUUUUGCAAUAAUGACCCUUGUCCAACCCAUGGUAACUGGAGUCCUUGGACUGACUGGGGAACAUGCAGCCGGACAUGCAAUGGAGGGCAGAUGCGGCGGUACCGUACGUGUGAUAACCCUCAUCCUUCCAAUGGAGGAAGAGCUUGUGCAGGGCCAGACACCCAGGUGCAGAGGUGCAACACUGACAUGUGUCCUGUGGAUGGAGGGUGGGGAAACUGGCAGAGUUGGAGCCAUUGUUCUGUCUCUUGUGGAGGAGGUGAAAAGACUCGGAAACGGCUAUGUGACAACCCAGUGCCAUCUAAAGGUGGCCGUUCCUGUCGAGGAGAUGCUACUCAGGUAUCCAGGUGCAAUACCCAAGCAUGUCCAGGUGGGCCCCAACGAGCCAGAGGAAGUGUUAUUGGAAAUAUUAAUGAUGUUGAAUUUGGAAUUGCUUUCCUUAACGCCACAGUAACAGAUAGCCCAGACUCUGAUACUAAAAUAAUACGUGCUAAAAUUACCAAUGUGCCUCGAAGUCUUGGUCCAGCCAUGAGAAAGAUAGUUUCUAUUCUAAAUCCCAUUUACUGGACAACAGCGAAGGAAAUAGGAGAAGCAGUCAAUGGAUUUACCCUCACCAAUGCGAUCUUUAAAAGAGAAACUCAAGUAGAAUUCGCAACUGGAGAAAUCUUGCGCAUGACUCAUGUUGCCCGGGGCUUGGAUUCUGAUGGUGUUUUGCUGCUAGAUAUUGUUGUGAGUGGCUAUGUCCUACAGCUUCUGUCACCUGCUGAAGUCAACGUAAAGGAUUACACAGAGGACUACAUUCAAACAGGUCCUGGGCAGCUCUAUGCCUACUCCACUAGGCUCUUCACCAUUGAUGGCAUCAGUGUCCCAUACACAUGGAACCAUACCAUUUUCUAUGAUGAGGCACAGGGAAGAAUGCCUUUCUUGGUAGAAACACUCCAUGCAUCCUCUGUGGAAUCCGACUAUAACCAGUUAGAAGAAACUUUGGGUUUUAAAAUCCACGCUUCAAUUUCCAAAGGAGAUCGCAGUAACCAGUGCCCCUCCGGGUUCACCUUAGACUCUGUUGGACCAUUUUGUGCUGAUGAAGAUGAGUGUAGAGCAGGCAAUCCCUGCUCCCAUACCUGCCAUAAUGCCAUGGGAGCCUAUUACUGCUCCUGCCCUGAAGGCCUCACCAUUGCUGCCGAUGGAAGAACUUGUCAAGAUAUUGAUGAGUGUGCUUUGGGAGGACACACCUGCCACACAGGUCAGGACUGUGACAACACAAUCGGGUCCUAUCGCUGCGUGGUUCAUUGUGGAAUUGGCUUUCGAAGAACGUCUGAUGGGCUGAGUUGUCAAGAUAUUAAUGAAUGUCAAGAGUCUAGCCCCUGUCACCAGCGCUGUUUCAAUAUCAUAGGAAGUUUCCACUGUGGAUGUGAACCUGGGUAUCAGCUUAAAGGCAGGAAAUGCAUAGAUGUGAACGAGUGUAGAAAGAACGUAUGCAGGCCCGAUCAGCACUGUAAGAACACCCGUGGUGGCUAUAAGUGCAUUGAUCUUUGUCCAAAUGGAAUGACUAAGGCAGAAAAUGGGACCUGCAUUGACAUUGAUGAAUGUAAAGAUGGGACCCAUCAGUGCAGAUAUAACCAAAUAUGUGAGAAUACAAGAGGCAGCUACCACUGUGUUUGCCCAAGAGGUUAUCGGUCCCAAGGACUUGGAAGACCCUGUAUGGACAUUAAUGAAUGUGAACAAGUGCCCAAACCCUGUGCACAUCAGUGCUCCAACACCCCUGGCAGCUUCAAGUGUGUCUGCCCCCCAGGACAACAUUUAUUAGGGGACGGGAAAUCUUGCGCUGGAUUGGAGAGGCUCCCACAUUAUGGCACUCAAUACAGUAGCUAUAACCUUGCGCGGUUCUCCCCUGUGAGACACAACCGUCAACCUCAGCAGCAUUACAGACAGUACUCACAUCUCUACAGCUCCUACUCAGAGUAUAGAAACAGCAGAACAUCUUUCUCCAGGACUAGAAGGACUAUUAGGAAAACUUGCCCCGAAGGCUCUGAGGCAAUCCAUGACACAUGUGUAGAUAUUGAUGAAUGUCAAAAUAGGGACACCUGCCAGCAUGAGUGUCAAAAUACCAUUGGGAGCUAUCAGUGCAUCUGCCCACCUGGUUAUCAACUCAUGCUCAAUGGAAAGACAUGCCAAGUGUUUAUUGUCCUUAGGUUCUGCCUCAAGAACUGUCCACCCAAUGAUUUGGAAUGUGCGUUGAGCCCAUAUGCCUUGGAAUAUAAACUUGUCUCCCUCCCGUUUGGAAUAGCCGCCAAUCAAGAUUUAAUCCGGCUGGUUGCAUACACGCAUGAUGGAGUGAUGCAUCCCAGGACAACUUUCCUCAUGGUUGAUGAGGAACAGACUGUUCCUUUUGCCUUAAGGGAUGAAAACCUGAAAGGAAUAGUGUACACUACACGACCACUACGAGAGCCAGACACCUACCGAAUGAGGGUUCAAGCCUUGUCCUACAGUGCCAAUGGGACCAUUGAGUACCAGACCACAUUCAUAGUUUAUAUAGCUGUGUCCGCCUAUCCAUACUAAGAUGUUCUCCAAAGUCUCUUCUGCAUGUUUAAACAGCCUUAAUUAUGCAAUCAAGUCCCCUCCUGGUUACUAUCUCUUGAACAGUUGCAAUGUUGGCAACUUGAAAAUGGUGCUAUACUCUAUUUUAUACGCCUUCCUUGGUACUGUUGAGGUAUUUUUAGGAUCCCACCAUGGUCAUAUUUUUAGUAAGGUCUAGAGGAGUCCCUUAUUUUAUUUAUUACACUGGAGCAGUUACUUCCCAAAGAUUAUUCUGAAUAUCUAACAGGACAUAUCAGUGAUGUUUUAUAGUAUGCAUUAGCUAAGAUCAUUUUCCUUAAAGUAAAACAAGAAAACAACUAAUUCAAAGUCCAGUAGGUUUUUGAGCAUUUGGUUAUUUUUAGAAUAAGAAAAUUAGUUGCUACAUGUAUCAAUAAAAGCUUGUAAAAUAAUUUAGGAAAAAUUUUAAGCAUUGAUACUUUAUUAUAUGUGUUGCCAAAGCUAGCACAAGUGUUGAUACUUUAUAUUAGGACUUACACGCCUAUUUUCAUUUGAAGAAAAAAGAAGUACCACUCACCUUAGAAAUAUGAUAUAACUACUAGGUUGGUUUGUUCUCAAAUGGUGCUCACCUUGAUUGAAUAUCCAAAACAAGGGUAUUAUUGUCAGUGAUUUUGUGAAAUCAUCGGAACCACUUACAAGAAUAGAAAUUAUUUUCUCCUAAGAUGCCUUCCAUGGCAUGGAUCUUUGCUGUAACAUUUGGAUAUAACUUCCCAUUCAGUUAGCUCCAUAACUCUUAUAUUCCGUAAUUUUUAAAGAUUUUUCUCUGUCAAGGCACACAGUUCUUUAAAACACCAAUAGGAUAGGUUUCUUUGUGAUUUUUUUUAAAUCUCAGAUGUUCAAAUUAACUCUUAAACGUCAACACACUGUAUGUGGCAGUAACAAACUCUGUAAGCAAUUGCCAAGAUGUAUUCUAUUUUUAUGAAGUGUAUAUAUAUUACCUUAGUGUGUAUUUUCUAUAUUAAUAUCUUGAUGGACUCUUUUAUAAAAGUCUUUUAUAAAAAAUUCCAAUGUUACAGUAAAAUUGACCUUAAUAAAACUUUCACAUUCUUUUUCUUAA